AUGAAGAACGCUGAUUGUCGACUGUUUACUUUCUAUUGUUUAAACCCUACCCCCUUCUUAACUCACUACUUUCGGUACCAAUUUAAGAACUCGCCAAACUCCAGGACACUUCUCCUUACUCAGGAAUGCUUGGGAACACUGUUUAAGGACUCACCUAAGAAUCUUCUGAGUCAUGUGACUUUGGUUAAGGGUAGCAAUACCAAGUCCUAG